AUGUAUGACAGAAUAUAUAGAGCUUAAGAUGAUCCACUAUAUUAAGAAAAAGAUGUAAAUACCUAUCGUUUACAAAUACCUGAAAAUGAGUUGAAAUCUCAAAAAUCAAGUAGAUUGACUUCAUAAAGUCAAUUAAUGAAGAUCGUGACAAAUACAACGAAGACUCAAUAAUAUUAACAGAUAACUAGUAAUGCAGCAUUAGCUUCAGAAAAAUUACUUAUUGAUUUAUAAAUUGUACAAGAAGAAAACGUAAAAUUGAUUAGCUAACUCCAAGUGUUGUAAAUGAAUAAUAAAUAAUACCAAAAAGAUAUAUAGGAAUUUGACGAGAAAUAAAAAUAGUUAGAAAGUAAAUUUAAGGAUUAAAUUUUGCGUAUUUAAUUGGAAAAGGAUAUAAUCUUUAAGAAAGUUGAAUAAGAAAAUGUAAAAUUGUUAAGCUAAGUUGAAGUUUAUCAAAAGAAAUAAUCACAACAUGAAAUUUUGAUUGACGAUUAUUUAGCUUAAAUAGAUAAAUUAAAUGCUAUAAAUAAUUCAUUAUAGUAGUAAUUGAUCUUAGUAUAGAAGGAUAGUUCUCUCUUUUAUAAAGAUCAAGAUAAAUAGAUAUAAAAAUUGAGUGAAAUGAACUAAUAGCUCUUAACCUAAAUAGCCUAGUUAAAUAAUUAAAAAAGUACAGACUCAUUACAGAUAAAAGAUUUAAGUAUAAUAAGGUAAACACUGUAAGAGUAAGUGAACAAACAUUAAGAAGAAAUCCUUUUAAUUAAUGAAAGAUCGAAUGAACUUUAGGAUUAGAAUUCUUAAUUGAGUUAAAUGAAUACAGAGUAUUUGAAUUAAAUAACAAUGCUUUAAACUUAAUUAUCAGAAGUAUAAAGCAAAUUAUAGUUAAAUGUUUAUGAAAGAGAGACAAAAAUAAAGUUGAGUGAAUAGUAACCCAGAUAAUCAAGUUCCAAUAACGGUAGAUAGAUUGAAGAGUUAAAUGCCAAGAUUUUAAACCUUAAUAAUUAAUUAAAUUAAACAAACCAACAAAAAUCAUAAUUAUAACAAGAAUUGUAUUAAAUAAAAAGAUAGUUAUAAUAAGAGUAAGAGGAUAAGUUAUCUAUUUAGUCUAGAUAAACAAAUUCAAAUCAACAAUAAAAAUUAAUAGUAGAAUUGGAAGAGAGAAUUAGAUAGCUUUAGAAACAAUUAGAGAAUGAAUAGUUGAGUAAGUCAGUUAAUAAUGGUGAUUUAGAUAUUAAGAAUAAACAGAUAUUGGUGUUAGAAUAAAAGAAUUAGAAAUUAUAAUAGUAAUUGGACUAAUUAAGUAUUUAGAUGGAGGAAGAGAAAAGUUUAUUAUAUAAAGAAAUAGAUCAAUUAUCUGAUUAAAAUAGAAGAGUUUAGCAAUUGAAAAACACUGAGUAUGAUUUGGAGUAUAAGAAUUCUGUAAAGUAAAAGGAAGCUUUACAAUAAGAACUGAAUAAAGCUAAUUAGAGUAUUCAAAAGUUUCAGAAAUAAAUUAAGACAUUGGAAGAUUAAAUUAUGCAAUAGGCAAAUGAAAACUCAAAAAUAGAAAAAUAGAAUAGAUUAAUAGAAGAUUUAGAAGAAUAGCUAAAAUAAUGUAAAAGAAAAUAUGAAUAAGAAAUAAAGGAUUAUAGAUUUGAAAAUUAAUAAAUGAAUUAAUAAUUGGAGAAGGUUCAAUCUGAAUUAUAAUAAAUAAAAUAAAAAUAUUCAAGGGAAAUAGAAGAUGUGGAAUCAAGAUUGUAAAGAGAAAAUUAAAGAGUUUCUUUAUAAUUAAAUGAUAAAGUUUCUGAUUUAAGUUAAUUAGAAUUAAAAAAUAAAUAAUUGAAAGAAGAAUUGACAAACUUAGAAUAAAGAUAUGAAAAAUAAUUAAGAGAAGCGAAUAAAAAAAUAAAAGAUGUUACAGAUGAUUUAGAUAUAAUGAUUGAAAAUUAUAAAAAGGAGAAAUAAGUAAAUUUUAAUAAUUAUAUUAUUUAAUAGUUAAGUUAGAAAUGGGAAAACUAAAAUGAAGAUUUAAGAAGAUAAUUAUAAAUUUAAGUAGAAGAUGUUAAAAUAAAGACAGAAAGAUUAAGUGUAGAGAAAUAUGAAAGAUUAUCAAUAGAGUCACGUAAAUAAUAUGAGUAGGUUUAACAGAAAUUUAAUAAUGAAAUUAAUUAAUUAUAGGGAGAACUUAGAUAGAAAAACGAAUAAAUAAAUUAACAAAAGUAAUUGAACUAAUAGUAAGAAUAAAAAAUCAACAAGUUUGAAAAAUAUAUACGUGAUUUAGAAGAUUAAUUGUAAUAAUUAUCUAGGAAAGAAGAUUAACUUAAUUAAUCAAGAAAUUAAUCUUUGGCAGAUUCUUUGAAUGUGAAAAUUAUGCAAUUAGAAAAUAAUUUAAUCAAGGCUUAAAAGAAAGAAGAUUAACUUAUUUAACGUAUUCGAUAAUUGGAGCAAUAAUAGAAUUCAUUUAGAAAUGCAUCAGAGCAAAGAGAUUUAGAAUAAAAAAAUAAUUAAAUGUUCGAAGAAAUACAAAUACUAGUAUAAACAAUUAAAAGUUAAGACUUUGAAAUUUAGAAUCUAAAGAACGAAUUAAUUUCUUAUUAAAGGGAAGUAUCAUUCAUGAAAGAAGUUGUAAAGGAGGAUACAAGUAGAUUGGAAACAUCUUUAUUAGAUGAUAAAAAUAGAAGAAUUGUUGAAUUAGAAAAUAAAUGCGCAUUGCUGGCUAAUGAAAAUACUAGAUUAAAUUAAUUAAAAGUAUAUUUAUUAAUUUUAAAUAGGCUAAAUUAGCUGAUGAUUGGAAGAAAAAAUAUGAUUAAUUAUAAUCCGAAUUAGAAAGAAGUUUAAAUCUUAGAGGAUAAAAUGAAAAGAACAAAAAUAUUAUAAUGUCUAGUAAUUUUGGAUAAAUUUCAAAUGCAAAAUGA